AUGGACUCUUUGUGGGAAACCUUGACGAAUUUCGCGCCAGCUCAAGCUACUGCUCACUCCAACAAGCAGCUCGAUCUUGCCAUCAAGGACCAUGUUGUGGCUGUCAACCGGCUGGUGACGUCUCAGCGGCAGCUCAUCAGUGCUAACGCUCGCCAAAUUUUCGAGAGGCUUGAUCCCGCCACCGACUCCAUCUCCUUCCUCGCCAUCCUCAACCUGUCGCUAGAGCUAUCGACAACUACGCCAGGCAUCGACAAGACCUCCCUCCUCGACGAAACCCUUCGAUUCCUACUCAAUUUCAAUCCUGUUCAGGUUCGAUAUGUUGGUUCAAUGCUUCGGAGACUUCUCGAGCAUGUUGCGACGGGCAGACUAUUUACACCACUUGUUUCAGUAGAGGCGAUUGCUACAGCCCUGCUGCGAAUCGACCCAACCGGGACCAUGUUCACAUCUACUCACCUAACAUUGGUCAAGUGUGCCUACCACUCAUCAUGGAUCGAGCCGGCACUAAAAGUGCUUGAUCACGACAUCACCUUCUACCCAGGCAUGGCGGGUCAAAAGGACUCCAGGCUUCUUUGCGAUAGCACUCUGGCUCCCACCUCUUACAUCUCUACCGAAACAGGCCUGACUGAUCAGAUCCGAAGCGCAACUGUGCUGGAGUACAACCUCGUGAGUGCGCUGUGCUACAUUUCACGAAGGGACUGGGCCAAGGCCCAACGGGCUCUGGAACGUGUCAUCACACACCCUUCAAAGGACAAGGGCGUUAGCAAGAUGAUGGACGAGGCGUACAAAAAGUGGCUGCUCGUCAGCCUUUUACAGGAUGGAGCAGCCUCAGAUGUUCCCGCAUACACUCCGCUACCUGCCAAGAACGCCUAUAGCGCGCUGGGAACGGCAUAUCGGAAUGUCGCCACCCAAUUCCCCACGAUAAACGUUGGGCAACUAAAGAUUGAGGUGGAGAGCAACCAGAAGGUAUGGGAGGACGACGGCAAUACGACGCUGGUGGCAGAGGUGGUGGCUGCGUACCCGAAGUGGCAGAUCAUCAAGCUCCGCGACAUUUACAAGCAAAUAUCCAUUUCUCGACUGCGUCAAGUGACGCUUAGCGCGGAGACGGGCGAGGUCCUCAAGGAUGAUGAGGAGGCAACACAGCUCGUGCGCAACAUGAUCGAGUCGGGGCUGCUGAAUGGCGAGCUCCAGCUCGGCAGCAGCGGCGAUGAUAGCUACCUCCUCUUCCACGAGGACAGCGAGUCUAUGACGGAGGCGGCAUUUGCACAGGAGAUCGCCCAGAGACACCACAACAUCGAGAGCCUUGGCAAGCAGUACAAGACGACAAACGAGCGCCUCGGCUCCAGCAGAGAGUACGUGCGGCACGUAGCCAGGGAGCAGAAGAGAGCGGAUAAGGAUGCUGAUCCAGGGGUUGGGUUCGAUUCUCAGAUAGAGGAUGAGGACCUCAUGACGGGCAUCAUGGCCCAUGGCUAG